GACAUCUUACGUUUGGUUGCGGUGCAGAGAACGCCCAACGUGUCCAUCGGUGCCGAAGAUCUCUGGCAACUCCUUGCAGUGGACUAGUUUGAUCAGACCAUUUAAAUCCACCGGCAUUUUAGGCUUUAGCGUCCUCAGCAAUGGACAGCAUCAAAGACGGGUGGUUCACCGAAACAUGCACAUUAUGGCCUGGCCAAGCGAUGAGUCUUCAAGUCGAGGAAGUGUUACAUCAUAAAAAAUCGAAGUUCCAGGAUGUGAUGGUUUUUAAAAGUAAAACAUAUGGAAAUGUGCUAGUUUUGGAUGGAGUCAUCCAAUGCACAGAACGAGAUGAAUUUUCAUAUCAAGAAAUGAUUGCCAAUCUGCCUUUGUGCUGCCACCCUUGCCCAAAGAAGGUUUUGAUCAUUGGUGGAGGAGAUGGUGGUGUACUGAGAGAGGUGGUCAAGCAUCCACUGGUGGAGUCCGUUGUUCAGUGUGAAAUCGAUGAGGAUGUAAUAAACGUCUCCAAAAAGUACCUCCCUGGAAUGGCGAAAGGAUUCUUCAGCCCCAAGCUCACUCUGCAUGUAGGUGAUGGCUUUGAGUUUAUGAAACAGAAUCAGGAAGCCUUUGACGUCAUCAUCACAGACUCUUCAGAUCCUGUCGGUCCAGCUGAAAGCUUGUUCAAAGAGUCUUACUAUCAGCUCAUGAAAACGGCACUUUGCGAGGGAGGAAUUCUUUGCUGUCAAGGAGAGUGUCAGUGGUUGCAUUUGGAACUGAUCAAAGAAAUGCGGAUCUUCUGCAAGACGCUCUUUCCUGUGGUGGACUAUGCGUACUGCACCAUCCCAACCUAUCCAAGUGGGCAAAUCGGCUUCAUGCUUUGCAGUAAAAAUUCGAAAACAAAUUUCCGUGAACCGUUACGAGAACUAAAGAGAGAUGAGAUCGAGAGCAUGAACCUGAAAUAUUACAAUCCGGAAAUCCACCGUGCUGCAUUUAUCCUUCCAGAAUUUGCCAGAAAGGUACUAAGUGAAGCGUAAAUGGAUUUGUGGUUUCCAUUUUAUGUCACGCUGCCUUCUGUGAAAGCAGAAUCAGAACUCACUACAGCUGCAGUACUUCUCUCUCCGGAUCACUUCUUGGCUUCUGAUUGGUCGAUGAACUGCAACAAGGGGAAAUGCACUCUGUGGGAAAUUCCCUAUGUGUCUUGUCUCUUCCCAUCAGUACUUCUAAACUGUUUUGGUCUCCUUUGACAAUACAAUGACUUGGCCAGUUCACACUUUCUCAAGUAAACAAAAAGACAAUCAUGUAUGUAAUCACAGACAUUGCAUAGUCUUGGUUUACUUUUUUUCAUGUUUUUACAUAAAGAGGAGGUAAUUCUUUACCAUAGCCUUCUUGCUGAGCAUUACCUCCUCGUUGUAAUAAGAAAUAAAUUGACAGAUGGUUAAGGGUUCUUUAACUUCUGCUGAUAGGAAUCAACUGUGCAUGUCUUUACAAACCCUUUCAAAGGUUUUUAGGUUACUGACAAUUGUGCAUUUUUAUUGAUGCGUUGUCAUUUGUCAGCAGUAAACAACUACUAAUCAAAAAUAAUAGUAAUUUUUUAAUUUGGCCCUCAGGUUAACUAAAAAUGAAUUUAUUUGGUACUGAAUUUUAAAAUGGAGUUGUUAUAAAUGGUCACUCUAAAUCUGUAAACGUUGGUGUUUGUUUUUUUAGGAGAUUUGUAGGGUCUGGUUCCCUAGAUUUUUUUUCUUUUACGGGAGUCAUGUAUGCCUGGUGUGCUUUGUAUUCAAUCUUUCUGAGUGAUAUGCUAUAAUGUAUUGCACAAAUAUACUUAUGGUCAAUGACAGAACAGUUUUGCAGGCUUUUUAAACAAAACUUCAGUGUACUGGAAUAUAUUGUCUUAAUAUCGAGUAUGAAUAUGGGUUUUAAGCUGUUUUAUUUGCUUUAGGUUACAGUGGAUUUGUUAAUGGCUAAUCAUGCGUGUGGGUCUUUUAAGGCUAGGCCACACCAUUUUGUACUUAUUUAGUUGUACUGUAUGGAUGCUAGGGUUCAUCUGUCCUGUUACCAUCCAUUUCCUGUUCAUGGUGUACAUUUCAUUUUGCCAACAGUUUUGAAAUAAUAAAAAAGGUCGUGGAAUAAUUAAUAA